UUACUGUUUGCCUGGUGGACUUGAAUUUCAACGCGUCUACGUGAAGAUUCAUGGCUAUAUAGCCUUACUAAUUUGCCUUCUCGGUUCUAUCGCCAACUCCGUCAACAUCGCUGUACUAAGCCGCAAGGAAAUGAUUUCAUCGACGAAUUCCAUCCUAACAGCGCUCGCGGUUGCAGAUCUAUUAGUUAUGCUAGAUUAUGUCCCCUUUGCGCUGCACAUUUACAUCAAAAUUGGUGCAAAUCUUAAUAGAAAUUCUUACGCUUGGGCGGUGUUCGUAUAUUUUCACUCGAUUUUCAGUCAGACGUUUCACACUAUUUCCAUAUGGCUGACCAUUACGCUUGCAGUCUGGAGAUACAUAGCUAUAAAGUUUCCCCAGAAGAAUAGAACUCUAUGCAACAAGCGAAAUACAAAUAUUGCAAUUGGAUUUGCAUAUGCAGUGUGUCCGAUCGUGUGCCUUCCAAUUUAUUUUGCUAUGCACAUACAAGAGGUACCAGGGACAAAUAGAGAGUCGAAUGCAACGAUAACUAUACACCCAAACGAAUCUUCAAUAAGAGAACCUGUCUAUGCGUUAACUAUGACUAAUAACAAAGAAUUGUUGACAGCUAUAUUUUGGAUAUACAGUGUAUUCCUGAAACUCAUACCCUGUAUAGUGUUGUCAAUUUUUAGUUUAUGUUUAAUAUUGAAAAUGAAGUCUAGUGACAAGAGAAGACAAAAGCUGUUGAAAAAAUCAGCAAUUACAGCAACAGAGGGUGAAAAAGGCCGGCUACACGAAGAUGGUAAGCGUGGCGGAAGUCGCACGGACCGCACAACCCGGAUGCUGGUCGCUCUAUUGGGCCUUUUCCUUGCUACGGAAUUGCCACAAGCUCUGUUUGGCCUACUGACAGCUAUCGCUCCACAGUUGUUCGAAAUAUGCUAUUAUGCUUUUGGUGAAGUAAUGGAUUUAAUGGCGCUGGUGGGAUCAGCUGUUAACUUUGUGCUGUACUGCAGCAUGAGCCGACAGUUCAGGUGCACGUUUACCCGUCUGGCUCGGAAACUACUUCCGCUACCUGCACGAGCUGAGAGCGAGCCCCUGACUACAACAUCUACGGUGAAAGCGUAGCGAGUGCGUAGCGCAGCUACGGCAGCUGCUCAGCUUUGAUAACAAUUUAGUGCUACUGUUGCAGGCAAUUACAAUGAACGACAGCUUUGAAUCGCUAAUUACUUCUGAAACUUUAAGUACUGAUAAUUUAGUUAUAUAUUAAGCAUCAUUAAUAUUUUAGGAUUCAAGAGAAACUAUUGUUUCCUCUAAUCACAUAAAUGUAAGUCAAAAUUAAACGUGCAUAUUAAAAGCAUGAACCGAGAAAGAUAAACAGCAAAAUUAUUGCUAUACUUUCUCUCAUAAAAUCCUUUCCUCCGGGACGUGUCCUUCAAAAUGUUUUAUACAAAGUAAACUCCUGCCAUAAGUCCAUUAAAAAAGGACUCUUUUGUUUUUUGUAAAUAAAACUGAAAUGAAAUUGCUCGUUUCUAUGUCAAAUGGUAAUGAUUACGUAUUAUUAUAUUUUUAAU